AAGCUGUAAUAUUGUUAAUAUUACAUCUCUGGCACUGUUCUUCCAGCAUCCACUCUACGGUCUAAAUGGAAAGCCUCUCCACCAUUCACUGCUGCCUGUGUCUCCUUAGGUGGAUGCCAGUGUGGAGGCCCGAGCUCAGGGCAUUACAGUGUUUGCUGUUGGAGUCGGCAGUGAGAUCACCACCUCAGAGCUGGUAUCCAUCGCCAACAGGCCGUCAUCUGCCUAUGUCCUAUACGCCGAAGAUUACACCACCAUUGACCUCAUUCAGGGUUCCAUGGAGCAGAAGCUCUGUGAAGAGUCUGUUUGUCCAACACGAAUCCCGGUGGCCUCUCGGGAUGAGAAAGGCUUUGAGCUGCUGCUGGGCAUGAACAUUCAGAAGAAGGCCAAGAAGAUCCCUGGCUCUUUGAUUUCGGAGGCCGCUUACGCUCUGACGGCUUCCACCGACAUUACUGAAGACACCAGGGACAUCUUCCCAGAAGGCCUCCCUCCUUCCUACGUGUUCAUAGCCACCCUGCGUCUAAAGGGGACUUCUAGCCGGCUGACCUUUGACCUUUGGAGGGUGCUGUCCAAGGAUAAGGAGAUACAGGUCGCAGUGACACUGAGUGGAAAGGACAAAAGUGUCGUCUUUACCACCACUAGCUUAACUGCAGAGGAGCAGAGAGUCACCUUCAGAGGCGUCCAGACUCUUUAUGACGGAAAGUGGCAUCAGCUCAAAGUCCUGGUGAGACCACGUCAGGUCAGCAGUUUCCUGGACGAUCUGCUGAUCCAGGAAGAACUGCUGGAACCGGUGGAGCCCAUCUACAUCAAUGGAGAGACCCAGGUUGCUAAGAGACGGGGAACCGACCUCCCUGUGGCCGUGGAGAUUCAGAAGCUUCGUCUGUACUGUGACCCUCAUCAGAGCGAGAGAGAAACGGCGUGUGAGAUCUACUCUGUGGUGAGACAACUAUCACCUCCCACCACAUGUAGGCCCCUCGGUGUGCAGCACACGGCCUUGCAGCGGUCCUCACCCACCUGCCGGCGUCCAAUCCAGAGCCACACGGCCCACACGGACGAUAAAAGGUGUCCUCUGAAUAGAACAGCCACCGUGGACGAAGAAGACUGCAACUGUGUGGUUGGACCACAAGGGCAGCGUGGGGCGCCCGGUCCCAUGAGCGGCAUACCUGCCCAGGUGGUGGCUGCCAUCGACGUCAACACGACGGCCAAUCAAAUCUACAGGCACAACUUCCCCGACACCACCCUCUGGAACAAGACCAUUGAGGUGGGUGCUGUCUGGGGGGACCAGUCGACCGGAGCGGCAUAA